CUACAAGCUUCUGGGAUUUUCUCGUUUAUGGACACAAAAGUGGAUAUAAGCAGCUCUGAUAUUACGACGAGCCUACAAGAACUGAUUGAAGAAUACUCAGAGCCUACCGUUACCAGUAUGGAGAUAAUGCAGAAAGCACUAGUAGCUGUUCGUAACUCAUGUAUAAACAGAGAGCAUGAAAGCAAGUCUGAAAUUGGCAAAAAUGAAGAAUGGUCAAUUACACAAGACAUUGUUGUAUGUCUGCCUCGCUUGGCCACAGCAAUGAGGAAGAAGUUUCUAGGAGCGGAAUGUCCUUUGGAGCUCAAGCAAGAGAGCUAUCAAACUCUAUGUCAAAUAUCGCGAUUGCUAAUAAAAGAAGAUUAUGAAUUCGAUGAAAUCUUUCAUAUAUGGAGGCAAAGAUUGGUUCCUACUGCAUUCGAAGAUGCUUCUAGUGAUCAAUAUUCAUUGGCGAAAUGGGCAUUGAAGUUUCUAUCGUUACUCAUUCCUGAUAUGUCUUAUUCUGUCCUUCAAGAUGAGGAAUCCAAAAAGUAUGUUGAGUGGAUAGCAAACUUCCCAAAAUCACAUCGACAUGCCGAACAGUUGAAUAUCAUAUUGAAAAGGGCAUCAGAGUUGGAAGAUUCAAACGAUAUACUAUUGGCUAGAAGAGUUGCUAAUUUGCUCUCAACAUGGAGACCUCUCCACUUGAAGAUGCAAAAGGUCUCAUCCGACAUCAAAGAUUCAAAGGAAUCUGUCGUUGGCACAUUUGCCUUUUCUGACGAAACACCAUCGAAGACUUCUCAAAAUAUGAUCAAAUCCAAAAAAGAAGGUGAAGCCUAUUCAGAAGACUCACAAGAUGUCUUUCAUACGCCACCUUCAUCCAAAUAUCGUCAAAGAGAUGAGUCAAAGUUACCUCGAUCAGCAAAAAAGAAUCUUGAUUCCGAUGAUUUCGCUUGGAUAACACAUAAUCAAGCAGAGGUAAUUGAAGAAUUUGCCAGCUCCGUCAGAAAGCAUGCCGAGAUUGUAACUCGAAUGUCAAACAUUGGCUGCCUUGAUAAUGAAUUUCCAGAGAAAGAGUUUUCCGACCUCACAUUGAAAGAACGGCACAUGGAGAAUGAGAUCCAAUCAAAUGAAGCUAAUUCGAACAAGGAAAAUAACAAAGAAGACUUGGAUCUGAACAAGGCAGCAUACAAUAAUGAGUUGAAAGCUCUUCGAGAGACAGUCACAAAAAAGGCUCUAGAAGAAGCUGGUAUAGUGAUCGAGGAAUAUCAAAAUCUGUUGAAGAAAUAUCAAAACGAAUUUCGUGCAAAGAUUGAAUUAGAACAUAUCGUUCAGCAGUAUGAAGCGACACUUCGAAAGACCAUCUCACAAAGCCAGAGUCAAAUGAAUGUUCGUUUGGUUACUCUUGAGACUGAAAAGAGGAAGUUGACAGCUGAAUUGAUGGCAAUGAAGGAAGCGCAACAAAACAAAAAUUCUUCGAACCAGAGUGAACAGACUAUUACCAUAGAACAAAUGAAUAAGAAAGAUGAAAAGAUUCGUAAACAGGAAGAAAUGUUAGAAAGUCUUCAAACUGAGCUAUGGAAAGUAGAGAAAGACUAUAAUUCCUUGCGAUCAGAUGCGGAAAUGAAGCUAUCUCAGGCAUUUAAGCAGGUAUGUUUAUACAGAGAUGAAUAUUUGAAACAAUCGAAAGCGUUUCAUGAUCUGCAAGAUGAGAUGGCUUUCGAGAAGAAGAUGCUAGAGGAAAAGAGUACGGAGGUUAUAAAAUGCAUGCAAGAAAAACAAAAGGCAUUUGAAGAAAAGGAAAAGUUACAAGAAGUCGUAUCAGAAGAAAAGAGAAAAGUAAAAAAUUGGGAAGAGCAGGCAAAUAAUUGGAAGCUUCAGUACGAAGAGAAGUGUUCGUUGUGUUUGCAAUUACAAGCCGAACUUGAGACCUUACAAAACUGGAAGACCCAACACGAUAGUGUCGAGAGUGAGUUUUAUGACACGAAGAAGCAGUUGGAGUCACUUCAACUUGCUUGGAGAGAAAUGAAUGAACAAAAUCAGAGACUGAAAGUGCGGGUAUAUGACCAAUCACAAGAGUUAGAACACUUGAAGUCUACAAGAGGGAGUGAAAACUUAAGGAACGAAAAAGAUGCCACAAUUCAGAAACUGGAAAGUCAACUUAGAACCAAGUUUAAGGAAAAUGAGCAGUUGGGUACCCUUUGUGAAGAGUUACUUAGCAAACUAGAAGCUAUGGAGAAGAAGCAAAACCAGCUAGAAUCUGCAAGCGGAUAAAAAAGUAAAUAUGUUGUUCUGAUCAAAAUGCCCUUGAAAGUACUCUUCACAUGUUGUCUGUUGCACUUGACAAAAUUGAUGUCACGCAAGCUCCUUUCAGCACAUAUUGGGAGAGCCAACAAUUAUUUUACACG